AUGAAUAGUAGCAAUUUAGGCAUGUAGGAAUAGUAAAAUACUGAAAAUUAAGGUAAUGAUUUAAUUUCGAAUAAUAACACAUAUUUUCAGUUUGACACAGCACAAGCAAAUAACUAAAACUUUUUUAUUGGUGACCAUAAUAACAUUUUGAGUGGAAAUAAUUACUCUUAAGGUUUGCAAUUCACAAACAAUAACAACAACUUCAACACCAAUAAUAAUUAUUUGACCUCUAACAGUUUAUAUUUAGAUAGAUAAAAUUCUAAUUACACUCUCUAUAACAAUUUAAAUAACAACGCUAAUAUUGAUAGUAGCUACUACUAUAAUUUAUUUGAAAACUAAUAAGACAAUUUAUAAAUCUUCUCUUAUUAGCAGCAAGUUAACGCUGAAAAUAGCAACGACGAUUUCGAAUCCCUUUUCAAAGUAGAUAUGGAAGAUUAAGGCUAGAAUUAUCUAGAAUAGCACUAAAUGAAAAUUAAUUAAGGAAAACCAAGUAUACCACCAUUAACAUAUUUCCCUCCUAGCUAAAACAUAGGACAUACUCAAGAAAGACUAAUAAACCUAGUUCUUAUAAACGAAAAGACUGGUGUUAAGUAUGCUUUUGAUUAGAUUUUAAUACCUAUAACUGACGAUAAAUAAUAUGAUAUCAACUAAAUUAUUGAAAUGCAAUUAGUUAGAACUUAUAUUGAUGAAAAUACUAUCAUUUCAAUCAAGAAAAGUGAUAUAAAUAUUUACUUAGGUAGGUAUCCCAUCACUCAUAGUAGACUUUAGCAUAUUGAGAAUGGUUUAAUUUAAAUUCUCUUUAAAAAUGAUAACUUCAGUGAGGUGGGUAAUAACUAUUAGAAUACCAGUAACAGUAGUAGCAUCGAAUAAGAUGAAGAAAAAAGAAUGGAAGAAAGAACUAUUAGAGAAGCUCUUCAGCUUGUCAAGCUUUGGAGAGAUACAAGAUCUGAAGCUAAUAAAAGAAAACCAAAAAGUCUUAAAAUGAUAUCUCUAGAAGUCGUUGCCAACGAAGCAAAGUAGUGCAAGAAAAAAACACUAGACUACUACUUCUUGGAAUUAAGAAAGGCUGAAUAAUAUAACUUCGAUUUUUCUGAGAGACUAAACGAAAAGAUGGGCAUGCUUCGUCAAUUCAACUAGGAUAUGCAGAAAAAAUAUGGAGAAAAAAAACCCAGCAAAGAGCUCAAUUUCUAACUCCCAGAAGAGUUUGUUCUUCCUCUUGACUAUGAACUGAUUGAAAAACUUGUCAAAAAAGCUGCUCCUUCUUCUAAAAGUAUACGUAGCAACCUCUAAAAUAACAGAGUUGGUGGCCGUUCAAAUGCUGCAUAUUGUGAUGAUUAAGAUGAUGAAGAAGAAAACGAAGAAGAAAGAAGCAACGAAAACAAAAACAGUUUUGAACCUCUCCCUAAAACUAAAUAAAUCACUAAAUAAAAGAGUGACAGUCCUAAGAUGUAUCAGCAAAGACUCGAGAAACCUGUAAAAAGAAUAGAUGAAUACAAGUAAGUAGAUUCAGAAGAAGAGGAAGAAUCGAAAUUUGAUGGAUCAAAUUAAUAAAAGCACUAACAUUACUUCUCUAGUUCUGAUUAAAAUUAUACUUCCCAUCUGAAUGUCCACCGCUUUAAUCAACGUUAAUCUUUUUCAAAUCCCGAAGAUAUCUCAAAUUAAAUUCAAAGAAUAGAAGGACGUAAUAAUAAUUAUAUUAAUCAGAGCAGAGAUAGAUAACAGAUUGAAAAAUCUGUGAAUUAGUUUGAAAAUGACAUUUUUAACAUUAAAAAAGAGAAUUCAAGUACAUCAUAAAUAACUAUGAGUACCCUUUUUGGUUAGUAAGAAAAUUAAAUGAAAAACUAAACAUUUGAAUAAAUUUUUGGUUAGAAUAUUGAUAACUCAGCUCUACCAAAGAUUGAAGAUACAAAAUUAUACGAUGAAAACCAAUUUAAUCUUCUUCCUUCCUUUAAUCAAAUUUAAUCUAUUGAUAUUUCUAAUCCUAAUUUCAAAGCUAUGGAAUAAACUGAAUAGAAUUGA